AUGAGAACAAGAAAUGGAACUGAAACUCAUGAGGAGAAUGCAACCUCGCCGGAACCUCGCGAACCGGAAGCCAAACAGGCGAAGACGGAGAAGGACUCCAAUGGCCAGGCAAAACCGCCAACUACUGAUGAACAACCAGAGAAACAGAAGCCAACUCUCACAGAGAAAGACCUCGAGUUUGACUUUGACCAUUCUCAAAUCCGCGACCCUCGACGCACCCCAGGACGCGUCAAAAGACCACGCUAUGAAGAGAGAGAUCUGAGCGAAGAAUGGCUCUCAAAAUUCCACAUUCCCAAUCACAAAAGCCCACAUACAGAUCCACUUUACACUUUCUACGACCUACACAAAUGUCACAAGAAGGGUCCCAACGGGUCUCCCACCUACGACAGCGCUGGCUUCCAACUUGACUACAAGAAGGUUCAGGAUUGGAUGAAACCAAGACAAUAUAACAAGAAAACCAUGAUGAACAGUAUGGACCGGAGUUUGAAGAGAGGUGAAGAGGAGAAACGAGUGGCGUUUGAGACGUUCUUUGUGGACGGCAAAGGACCGGAAGGCGAUGACUUGUCGGUCAUGGAUCUCAUCAAGGAUCAAAUGUCUAAGGAUAUGAAUGUUCCAUUCCAUCAGAUAGAUGUCAAAGAGAUUAAGAAAUGGGGUGAGAAGGGUUUUGAAAAGGUCAAGGCAGAUGAGUGGUGGUCCAAGCCGAAUGAGGUUGAGAGGGAUCGUUUUAUGAAGAUGCAUGGCGGCUCAGCUUUGAGAAAGAAGCUGUAG